AUGUCCCGCGCCAAGGACCGUGGUCCACCUACUGCGCCUGUCUUUGGAUCUGCACUCGGCGGCAUGGAGCAGAGCAUACCGUCCUUCCGCGACUUCAUGAGACGCACACCACCGCCACCCUCGAAACCAUGGAUGGCCGAGGAUGAAACGGCCGGCGAGCGCGCCAUCGAGCCGUCCAGAGACUUCUUCCUGCAGCCCGCAACCUACCAGUCCAAGCCAGCGGAAUCCCACCAGCCGAGGAGGUUCGAACUGCUCAUUCCCGACCCUUCGCGAGAGCCGAGCCCGGAACUGAGGACGCCCGCCUUCGAGUACGAGAGCCACCGUGUCGAGUUCCCGCCGAGUCUGGCCUCCAGCAAACCGCCGCAAACACCGCUGCCGACCAUUAGCCCUGCUAGCCCAACGACGACUGUCCCCGAAGCAUCGUUUGUUAUUUCUCCUUUCAGCCUGACCAGCCCGGUCUCGCCGUGGACGGACGACUUCUCGCUGCACCACCACCACCACCAGCCAACAGCGUCCACCUCGUCGCGGAGACUCGUGCCUCGCAGCGCCGCCCCCGGCGCGGACGACGAGUGGGAGGAGGACGUUGAGGAGACGGCGCGCAUCCGCAAGGACAGGCUUUCGCAGGACUACCACCAAGCCCUUGUCGAGCAGUACCGCGAGCUUGUUUCUCCCUCGACAGAAGUCUUCGAUGGUGGUGCUGCUGCCGAUGAAGAAGGAGAGCGACCGCAGCAGCGUGAAGCCUUCAGGACUCCGCCGUAUCCGAAGUUGAGUAGAGGGAGAGGAGCCGACGAUGACAGUCUGAUACCGCUCCCGCUCAACCCGCGGAAAGAUGCCACCACAGACCGCUACGACGUCGUCGACAGGAGCAGUCCGUUCCCGGAAGACCACUACGACGAGCCUCCUCGCGGCCGCCGAAGGUCCAGCAUCCGCGAGAAGCUCCCGGCGCUCGCGGCCGGCACGCUCAACAUGAUCCUGCCGUCGCAGCACCACCACAGCCACCACCGCCGGAACCUCAGCGCCGAGAGCUCCCGGAGCGGCGAGAUACCCAUCUCCCCGCCGCCACACCACGGAAAUUUCGGGGAACGAGCCGCCGGCGCCGACGUCGCGCAGUUUCGAUCGCAGCGGGCGCCGAGGAGCCGAGCCUUCCCUGCUGCACGCCUUCAGUCGGGCGUCUACACGGUGAGACGCGGGAAGUCGAAGAGAAAGAAAACGAGGGGGAAGAAGGGAAAGAACGAACAGACAGGACACGCAGCGCCUCCGCUCACACUGACCCUGACCUCGUCCCCCCGCCCGUCCGUAGAGCGCGGUCGCCGGCUCAACGCGAGCACGGCUCUCGUUCCCGCAGCAGCAUCGCGGGCCCCAGCUACGCCCAACGGCUCCUUUUCGACAAUUCCCCUCAACACCCCUCCGCAUCCGCGCUCCAUCUCCCACAGCCCCUCAGCAACAACUUCGUCCUCCUACUCCUACCCGAAAGCCCCACGCCCGUCUCCAAGCAGCGCGGCGGCAGCCUUCAGCACCAAACCGCCCACCCCCUCUCCGCUCGCCCGCGGCGGCCUCACUCGCACCGAGCUCUUUUCUUCCCAAUCUCCCUCUCCCUCUCAGUCUCCCUCUCCCUCUACCACAUCGCUGGUCUCAGCACCCGCCCGCCCAACAUACCCCCGCAAGAUGUCGUCCGGUCCCCCCACCCCAGCCUCAGCACCGUCAUCAUCACCGCACCGACGCCGGCAUAAGACAUCCUCGUCCACGCCCCGUAUCGCCCUGCUUCACGCGCUGGGACUGGGGAAAGCAGGCGAAGGCGGUGGUAGAGUCGGCAGUGGCGACACAAGGCUACCGUUCGUGCACGAGAAGCCGCCCAUCGAUACGGCGUCAUCCGGCGGGAAGAAGGAGAGGAAGGAAAAGAAGAAGAAGAAGAAGAACCGAAGAAGCGGCGGUGGUGAGAGCAGCAGCAGUAGCACCACCACCACGACCCCGCCACCGCAAAUCCGCAGCCUAGCAGCCGCAGCGGUCCGGCCCGCUUCUUCUUCCCACUCCCACUCCCACUCCCUCUCCCCAUACCGCUCGCACUCCCCUUCUCCCCUCUCCUCCUCCUACCCCUCCACCUCCUCAUUGUCGCCAUCGUCGUCAUCAUCAUCGUCAUCAUCGUUGACAACGCCCGACAAGCAGCAGAGCGUCGCCGACGCCCUAAAUGGGCGACGACCGCAAGAACAGCACCGGCACCACUUGUCGCUGUACAGGAAAGCGGUCGAGGCGCACCGUGCGCGCCAGCGCGAGAGGCGGCAGCAGGAGAUGAAGAAGACGAUCCGCGUGGUCGGGCAGGCGGAGCUGGCGGGGGGCGAGCUGGCGGGGGGCGAGCUGGCGGGGGGCGAGCAGCGGCAGCGGCAGCGGCAGCGGCAGCCGGCCGUGCGGGGGUAUGUGAGGGUCGCGGCGGGGGCGGCGGCGGGGCCGGGGGUCAGGGCUGUUUAUGAGGGUGGUAACAUUGAUGAUGGUGAGGGGUAUGGUCAUGGUGGUGGUGAUGGUAGGGGAGGGCCGGGUGGGAGAGGGCGAGGGCGAGGGCGAGGGCGAGGGCGAGGGAGUGGGAGUGGUGGAGAGGGGUGGUUGUGA